ACAAUGGCCCGACCGCCGCCACUACCGGGGCCUGAGCGGGCCUGGCGGAGCCCGAGCGCGGCCCGGCCCGCAGCGCGGGGCCCCGAGCGCGGCACAUGGCCACUCACUCAGCCCAGAAACCCCACCAGUGCAUGUACUGUGAUAAGAUGUUUCACCGCAAGGACCAUCUACGGAACCACUUGCAGACCCAUGACCCCAACAAAGAAGCGCUCCACUGCUCUGAGUGCGGUAAGAAUUACAAUACAAAGCUGGGUUACCGUCGCCACCUGGCCAUGCAUGCUGCCAGCAGCGGUGACCUCAGCUGCAAGGUAUGUUUGCAGACCUUUGAGAAUACCCAGGCCCUGCUGGAGCACCUGAAGGCCCACUCACGCCGCGUAACAGGUGGUGCCAAGGAGAAGAAGCACCCCUGUGACCACUGUGACCGGAGGUUUUAUACUCGUAAGGAUGUGCGGCGGCACCUAGUGGUGCACACAGGCCGUAAGGACUUCCUUUGCCAGUACUGUGCACAGAGGUUCGGCCGCAAGGACCACCUGACACGUCAUGUUAAGAAGAGCCACUCACAGGAGCUGCUCAAGAUCAAGACAGAGCCAGUGGACAUGUUAGGCUUACUCAGCUGCAGCUCCACAGUCAGCGUGAAGGAAGAGCUGAGCCCUGUGCUGUGCAUGGCCUCUCGGGACGUGAUGGGGGCCAAGGCCUUCCCUAGCAUGUUGCCCAUGGGCAUGUAUGGUGCCCACAUCCCUACCAUGCCCAGCACGGGUGUGCCACACUCCCUGGUGCACAACACGCUGCCCAUGGGUAUGAGCUACCCUCUGGAAUCAUCACCUAUCUCUUCCCCAGCUCAGCUCCCUCCAAAAUACCAGCUUGGAUCUACCUCAUACUUGCCCGACAAAUUGCCCAAAGUGGAGGUGGAUAGUUUUCUGGCGGAGCUUCCUGGAAGCCUGUCUCUCUCAUCCGCCGAACCCCAGCCCGCCUCACCUCAGCCGGCGGCAGCUGCGGCCCUCCUAGAUGAAGCACUGCUCGCCAAGAGCCCCGCCAACCUUUCUGAGGCCCUCUGCGCUGCUAAUGUGGACUUCUCCCACUUACUGGGCUUUCUUCCACUCAAUCUGCCCCCGUGUAACCCACCUGGGGCCACAGGAGGCCUGGUUAUGGGCUACUCCCAGGCUGAGGCACAGCCCCUGCUCACCACUUUGCAAGCUCAACCUCAAGAUUCUCCAGGAGCUGGGGGACCCCUGAACUUUGGGCCUCUGCACUCCUUGCCUCCUGUCUUCACCUCUGGCCUGAGUACCACCACCCUGCCUCGUUUCCACCAAGCAUUCCAGUAGCUCCCACGGAGGCUCUCACUCAGUUUUGGCUCUGUCAGGGAGCCUCAAUAACCACCCCGUCCGAGUCCCCCACAAAGGCAGCUGAGCUUUCAGAGCUGGGUUCAAAAAAAAUUCCAGUGUCUGUAUGGAGCACUUGGUUUGGGAGUUCAGGCUCUAGGAUCAAUUCCAGAAGGAGCCUUGAGCCCCUGCCCUAUGAAAAGAUCUCCUACUAUAGGACUUUCAGGUAUUUUUACUUUUAUUUUUUUGAUCUGAAUUGGGAGCCACAUUUAGCCCUCUUCUCCAAAGCUUCAUCCUUCCUUCUCUUUGUAGAAGGGAAGGCCUCUUGGAGACACAGAGGGUUUCACCUUGGAUGACCUCAAGAGAAAUAGCCCAAGAAACCCGCCUCUGGUCCUAACCUGCAGACCCCACCACAGUUAGUUGUUCAGGCCCUGCUGUGGAAGGUCACUUGACUCUUUUGCCUACUUCCAACCAUCAGGCAGGAGAGAGGGCCUCUGUUUUUCCCAUCUACCCCCAUCCUCACUGUACCAGCAGCUCCAUUUUCAGUCAGUGUUGUCCAGCAGCGGUACCGUUUACACAUUCGCCUCAGACACACCAUUUCACCUCCCUUGCUACACUGUUAGCCUUAGAGUGAUUGCAGUGAACACUGUUUACACACCGUGAAUCCAUUCCCACCAGUCCAUUUCAGUUGGCACCAGCCUGAACCACUUGGUACCUGGUGUUAACUGGAGCCCUGUUUACAAGGCGGAGUCGGGUCUUGCUGACUUCUCUUCACUUGAGGUCACAUUUUUCCCCUGUGGGGAAAUAAACUGACUUUGGACUGCUUCAGCCUCUGCCAUCUUCCAUGACUUCGUCUGUCCCUGCCUUUCAUGGCAGUGUCCACAGGAGACAGGCAAGAAGAUCCGAGCAGCUUUCUCACAGGUCUGCAAUUCUGUUUCUCUCCAAGUACAUCAUGACUCCCUCAUCCUUCUUCUGAACUGGAGAGGGGAAGAAAUGAAAGGCACGCCCACAUCUAUCACCUCCCCAUUUCCUAACCCCACCCUGAACAUCAUGAGCUAUUGUUAUUUGUCUUAGAAGGAGGGACUCCGGGUUCUUGGCGGGUGAGGAUUGCAAAGAAGAGGGAAUGCGCCCCUCAUUUGUCUCCCUCUCACUUGUCCCUUUUUCAGGAAGUUGUAGAAUUGUUGAAAGAAGAGUUUUCAGAAAGUCAGGACUGGGCAGAUAGUUGAAUCCAAUCUAUGUAAUCAUUGUUGCCUCCCAUACCAAAAUUUUUCUUAUUCACAGUGUCCCUUCUGUCUCCUCCACUUUGCAGUCCCUAUGGACUCAGGACUACUGUGCAUAGCCUUCUCUGCUCUCCAUCAAGGAAAACUUCCACCUUCUUCUCAUGAUCCACCUCAAUUGCCCCUAGCAUCUAGUAAGGUUCUUACAGGAAUUGAUUAGUUUUUCUAACUUGUGAGGCUCCCUACCACAGACAGCACAGCCCUUGUCCAGAAUCCAGCCGAACCCCAAAUCCUGCUUCAUCUCAGUUCUGCAUGGGCUUUUCCCACGCAUAGAAGGGAGGCAGCUCAGGGACCACCAUUGUGGAACCUCUUGAGACACCUCCUCUCUGAUUCAGAAACACACUUCUACCUCUUUACUGUUAACUCCUACAGUUGCAGCCAGAAGUCUGGGCACUAUGUCAGUGGUGCCUUAUGCUGGCUUCUCCACUAGGGUUUCAGGAAAAACUACCUAGGAACUGCCUCAACCUCCCACCUGUCCUCUCCUGACCCCCUCCUUCCAUCUAGAUUCACUGGUUUAUUAUCAGGAACUGUGCAGGUCCAAGACCUGGCCUUCCGCUUCAGCUCAGGCCAGUACUCCCUGUUUGAGGUGAAAGCCUUUAAACUUAGCUCCCUGGCCCUUUAUUGGAAGCAAUAUGGAAUGAAUAAGCAUGUUUUGAUUUAGGCAGGGUAACUUGGGAUACCUUUUAAAAAACAAAACCAGAUAUAAAAAUGUCUGUCAAGGUUGUCAUCCAACUAGGUGAUUUGCUUCUAAAAAUCAGUUACUGUCAGUGAGUCCCAGGGACUAAUUAACAUUUAGUUUUUAAAAGCAUCUACCUUGGUACGCAGCCACCUCCUGCAUGCUGUGCAUGUUGUCGGGACUCAUAUUACAGGAAAUGGUAUGUGAGAAUCCAAGUGGGACUUUGUUGCCAUUCUUGUGUCUGGUCUUCACGAGACCCAGCACCCCUUCUUCUCUUGCCUGCAACCUUCCUGUGCCCUCAGUUUGUAGAGGCAAAUAGGCCUCUGGCCACAAGAGUAUAAUGUCUUGGGCUGUUAGAGGAGUCCCAUCUUCUCUGCUUGCCCUUUCCUGACCCUUAUUGAGCUCUUCCCUCCCUUAGUGAGGCUGAGAAACUCAGAGGACAGGCAGAGCAACUAUUUAACAUCUUGUAACGGGGCCUUUCCCCCAUCUCCUGUCUUUUCUCCUGCCUUUGCUCAUUCCCAUCUCCCAUCCUUCCUGUCCUUUCAGAGUCCUCAACAUGAGGAAUUUUCCUGUCACUGUGAACUUUGCUGGUGCAAAGGAACAUUACCUGCCUUCACUUUUUUUGGGCCAUAGCCACCCUGCUGUUUCUCCCCCCCCCCCAAAAAAAAGCCUUUUUUUUUUUUGCCUGGCUGUUGAAAGGAUAAGAAUCGCUUUAUCCUGCACUCAGUACCCAGACUUACUUCAGUACCCCUUCUGAAUCCAUGAGAACCAGAGGGGCAUUUGCCCAGGACAGGAGCCAUGUCAUGUGGCACAGGCCAGUCAGGGACAAGAAAAAAGUGAUGUGCCCUUUCCUGACCACCUUUUCCAGCCUGCCAGCAUUGAACUGACCUGUACUGCAAAGUAGCUGGUCAGGGCUGAGGACAGUCCUGGGGCCAGGGGCUGGCAUGCCCAAGCAUCAGCUCAAAGGAUCCCUCCUCCAGUAUCUUAAAGAGAUGGGAUGCCGGAAAAGGUGCACCAAGUUCCCCCUAACUUUUUACACAUGGCAUUUUGUUAAUGGAAAUCCGGGAAGCAGGUGUGAUUACGUUUUUGCUCAUAGAUAUUGUCCUAAGUUGAAGUUCCCCAAUGCCCUAAACAUUUUCCUAGUAGUCCUUUAAAUUUCCCCUCCCUUUUUAGUAGCUGUUUUCUCCACCCUCUCUCUACCUUCCUUCUUAUCUAGGAGCUGUUUUUAAGCACGAUUUUUUUUUAACAGGUUGUAUUGUACAGGAUCAAUAUUUUGCUUUUUAACAAGGAUAUUUAUGUAAUAAGAAACUUUGCCUUAGGCAGGUGUUGGCCAGAAAAGUCCAGAUUCCUCUGGGACCCCACCCUGGCCUCUCCUGGAGCUCUGAACCUGCUGUGGAAGGAAUUGGCCAUUACCUUCACCACUGGGAAGUAGGAUCUGUGGCAAGCAAAGGGAUGUUCACUGUUAUAACCUAGUGCCUCAUGGAGGGGUGUUGAAGCAUUCCAGCCGAGUUGCUUCAGGUGUCGGUUGGCUUCCUUUGCCAGUUCACCCAUAUUCUGCAUGUAUGGCACUAGAAACCCUGAACACCUCUUCUCACGCCCUUUCCACCCUCCCAGUGGUCAAGGCUUGGGGGCCACUCUUUCGUAACGCCAGAUUAUUUAAAAAAGAGAAAAAUACAAGACAAAAACCUUCUAGCACUUUGUAAACACAGUGAAUAACCUCUUGGAGUAUUUUUGGCUUUAUAUGAAACAAGGUUUUUAAUUGUAAAAUGUAAGUGCCAUUAGAAAAUGCACAGGGCGUAUCUUUGUUAAAGUAGAUUUUUCAAUGUUUUACAGAAUUACAUUUUCAAAAAAAAGUUUUUAUAAUGAAGUUGUUUAUUAAAAACUUCUGAAUGAUGUGUUUGGUGCUUGUGAACCUGUCUGAUUGGGAAAUUGUUGGAGAAAGCCUGUAAUUGGAAAGAAGUUGAAUCCCCAGACAUCCUUAAUAUCCAAUGUGAUGAUGGUGAGUGUAGAGCAGACAGUAACAACCACUCACAUUAACAGAACCUUUAUACUUUGAAAGGGUUUUAGUUUAUUAGCAUAUAUUGUAUUAGAAUUGUGGGUUUCAUUAUGACAUGUUCAUACAUGUAAAAUCAAAGUUAUUGUAAUGGGAUGUCUGAGGUAAAUAGUAUUCUAUUGGUUAAAUCUUGGGUGCAAGGGUCAGGAAAUCCAGAUCAAAUUGACUUUCAAGAGUAAAAUUUCAUGUAAUGGAAAUGUCAGAUGUAAUUUCACUCAUCAGGUUAGGUUUGCUCCAGUGACUCAAACAUGGUUGACGUCAGCAUUUCCUGAUUUUCUGUGUUCUGUUUUGGGUAGCCAUGUCUUCAUCCUCUGGCCCUUAUA